AUGUCAGGCAACCCUUCGACCAAGACACGUUCAGUGUAUGGUACUUCAUCUGUUGAUUCGAACAGCAAGCUUGAAAGCAGCACAAAAGCCUCCGCCCGAAGAGAUUCAGCUGCGCCUCUCAUCAACACACCUCCCAUUCAACCCGUCAUUGGCAUUGAUCCAUUGGAUGUUACAGGCACAUCCUAUCGCUCGUCCUCCUCAAGCCGUAUCAUCACAUCAGGCUCAUACGCUCGUCAAAAAGGAUAUCAUCGCACCGGGCUUUUUAGACGUAGAAGAAACAGCUCAAGCUCGCAAGAAAAUGACACCGAGGAUGAGCAGCCGCAAGACAGCGAUAGAGAGCUGAAUACCAGCGAUGAAGAAUCAUCAGCAGACGACGAAGAUGACCUGGAUGAAGACGACGACGAAAACGACACGGAGCACACCAUCCAGCAUCUAGUGGCAUCCCGCAACAAUACAGAAAUCCGUAUAAGUGGACUGAACGCCAUCCCUAAUGAUACCAAAGACGAACAGACACUGCUGUUAGAAGAAGAGGAUGUUCAGAUUCAUAUCCGAGCCUACAAAUUCAAUCGACUCCAUCUAUUCUUUUAUCGCCUCUCUUCAGUGUUAUCUCUGGGCAUUGUGUGGUUGAUAUGUCGAUGGGUGCCGACAUGGUACAUUGCCUGGAUUGGUGUCAAAGUGCCCCUAGAAAAAGCAGAAUGGAUUGUCUUUGAGAGCCAGUACAAUGAAAUAGAAAUUAUUAGACCCUUUCGUGAAUGGUACCAAGGUACCAUUGGCAGUAUUUUCUCGCAUGAUCAGAUGAAGGAAGAAUUGCUUCAAUUCAAUGUAAAUACCGAAGAAGCUCGUCAUCUGCUCAAUAUGGACCAUCAAAUCAAUCAACUCAUGCUGGUAGAAUAUCGAUACAUUCGCCUGGCAUUUCAUCCGCUGUUGCAUAAAUUCCUCAUUGUCGGAUUUUGGAAGGAUCCAACUUGGAUCAGCACCAAAAACUUCAAGCUGGGGUUGACUACCGAGAAAUACCAUGCUCGGCUAUCUGUGUUUGGGCCCAAUUUGAUCAACAUUCGAGAAAAGCCGACUUCCAAGCUACUGACAGAUGAAGUGUUGAAUCCAUUCUAUGUGUUUCAAAUUGGCAGUAUCUUGCUGUGGUGUAUGGACGAUUAUUACUAUUAUGCAUUUUGUAUCUUUAUCAUCAGUGCAUUCAGUAUUAUAUCGACAUUGAUUGAAACAAAAGAGACGAUGAAAAGAAUGAAGGACAUGUCAUUUUUCGAAUGUUCUGUUCGAGUAUUUCGUAAUGGAUCAUGGCGAAAUGUGAGUUCAGUUGAAUUAGUUCCCGGUGACUUGAUAGAUAUUGCAAAUAUACACACAGUGCCAUGUGAUGCGAUGCUUGUAUCGGGAGACUGCAUCCUGAAUGAAUCCAUGCUGACAGGAGAAUCUGUGCCUGUCUCCAAGAUGCCCAUCAACGAUGCGACCCUGAAAAAGAUGAACCUGUCGUCAUCCAGUAUACCAGCUGAAAUCGCCAAACAUUUCUUGUUUAUGGGCACCAAAAUGGUGCGUGUGCGAGGAGGUGAUAAUGUCACUACAGCAACAGCCAUUGUUGUAAGAACUGGCUUCAGCACGGCAAAAGGAGCACUCGUUCGAUCCAUGCUGUUUCCUAAGCCCAACAAUUUCAAAUUUUACAGAGAUUCUUUCAGGUUCAUUGGUGUUUUAUCCAUCAUAGCGUUCAUUGGUUUUUUAAUAUCCUCAGUCAACUUCAUUCGACUCGGCAUUGACUCAACGACCAUGAUACUACGUGCGCUGGAUUUGAUCACCAUUGUAGUUCCUCCAGCACUGCCUGCUACACUGUCCAUUGGCACAAGUUUCGCCAUCAGUCGACUCAAGAAACUGGGCAUCUUUUGCAUCUCUCCUCCGCGCGUCAAUAUUGGCGGUAAAAUCGACUGCAUGUGUUUUGAUAAAACAGGUACCCUGACAGAAGAUGGGCUGGAUAUUCACGGUAUUCGCGCAGUGACAGUGACCAAAGAUGGCCGCAAACUGUUUGACGAUGAAUGCAAAUCAGUGGCACACGUCGAUCCCAACAGCGAUGCCACCAUGACAACGCAGGCUAAAAUCCUGCGUACCAUGACCACCUGUCAUUCGCUCAAGAUUGUCAACGGAGAGCUGUUGGGAGAUCCCCUCGAUCUCAAGAUGUUUGAAUUCACACAGUGGGAGCUAGAGGAAAGCGGGGGAGCAUCGUCGAUGGGAUUGAAGCCUAGAAGUGAGUUGGCUGCAUUGCAGGCUAAAAAGAGCGCAAAAGUAGGCAUCAUGCCCACAGUAGUAAGACCUCCCGGAGGUCGACAGGACAUUAAUCUGCACAUGGAAACCACCCCGCCUACAAGUGAACAAGCGCCACCCAUUGAAUUUGGCAUCAUUCAUACCUUUGAAUUCGUAUCAUCGUUGCGUAGAAUGAGUGUCAUUGUGAGACGACUGGCCAAUCCCACCAUGGAAGUGUUUGUCAAGGGCGCACCUGAAGUCAUGAAGGACAUUUGCACGCCAGAAUCAAUGCCCGAGGAUUAUCAAGAGAGACUGUACAAGUAUACACAUCGUGGCUAUCGUGUUAUUGCAUGUGCAUCCAGACAAUUGUUAGGGGUAAAAUGGCAUAAACUUCACAAGCUAAAGAGAAACGAAGUGGAAAUUGGCUUGACAUUUCUGGGCUUCAUCGUGUUUGAAAACAAGCUGAAACCUCGCACUACUUCUGCCAUUAGCACUCUGCGCAAUGCAAACAUCAGACAAAUCAUGUGCACAGGCGAUAAUGUGCUGACAGCUGUUAGCGUGGCACGAGAAUGUGGGUUGAUCGAUCCAGCAUCAGAAAUCUAUAUUCCUCGAUUCUUGAAAGGGUCCUCUACUGAGCCUGAUUCAGAAUUGAGUUGGGAGAGUGUCAUGCAGGAAGGAAAUGAAUUAUCCACAGACACGUUGCAGCCUCAUAUGACAAAUGAUUUCACUCGGCAGGAUCAAGAAUAUCAUCUCGCUAUUACAGGAGAAGCAUUUCGUUGGAUGGUAGACCACUCGACUUUGGAAUCGCUUCAUCGCAUGCUGGUCAAAGGCGCUAUUUACGCGAGAAUGUCUCCCGACGAGAAGCAAGAGCUUGUCAUGGAGCUGCAAAAUAUCGGGUAUUGUGUAGGUUUCUGUGGUGAUGGCGCAAAUGAUUGUGGUGCGCUAAAAGCAGGUGAUAUUGGCAUCUCGCUGUCUGAAGCAGAGGCCUCUGUCGCAGCUCCGUUCACCAGUAAUACCAUGGACAUUGAAUGUGUGAUUGAUGUGAUCAAAGAGGGAAGGGCUGCCUUGGUUACCAGCUUUAGUUGCUUCAAAUACAUGGCACUGUACAGUUUGAUUCAGUUUACAUCUGUUACUUUGUUGUAUGCAUUUGGCAGUAAUCUGGGUGAUUUCCAAUUCUUGUACAUUGAUCUAUUCCUUAUUUUACCCAUCGCUGUAUAUAUGGGACAUACAGCUGCAUGGCCACAUCUUGACCGAAAGAGACCCACAGCCAGCUUAGUGUCUAAAAAAGUAUUGACAUCCUUAAUAGGACAAAUACUGAUUAACUCUGGUAUCCAAUUCUUGGCUUACUGGGCCAUCCAUCAACAAUCUUGGUACACGCCACCUGUAUUCGACCCCAAUGGAGACAACAUUGAAUGCUUGGAAAACACCGUCUUGUUCCUGGUGUCCAGCUACCAGUACAUGUUGAUUGCUGUUGUCUUUAGCGUGGGCCCACCUUACAGAAAGCCGUUGUGGACCAACGGUCGCUUGGUGUUGACACUUGCCGUCUUGAUCAGUCUUACAUCUUGGUUUGUCUUGAUACCGCCUGCUUUUGUCAUGGAAUUGAUGGAGAUUGAGCCUAUGCCCAUGUCGUUUCGAUGGUUCAUUUUGUUUUUGGCCGCCCUGAAUCUAGUGGUGAGCUUGGUUUGCGAAAAGUAUCUGUUUCAUCAAAUGAUGGGCAAGAUGACCAGGUUUUUAGCAAAGAAAUCGUUUGGAUAUACGCUCAUUGGCAGCAGUGGUCAUAGUAAACGAGGCCAUGACAAGACGUAUCGUAGAGUGAUGGAUGAAAUGGGCCUACAUGAAUAA